UUUAUGUCUUUCGCGCCUUCUGCCCGAUCUACCUACUCUAGAAUAGAGUGAACACCCUGCACCACCACGACCACCACGACCACCACUAGGUACCACCGCCACUGCCAUUACCACGGCCAUUACUACGGCCAUUACCAUUACCACGACCACCGCGACUACCACCGCGACUACCACUACGACGGCCACCACCACCAUCACCUUCAUCGGCUACGCGCAACCCAGCAAUCCCACGCGAAGGACGAAGACGCGAAGAAUUUGAAGGAAUUGACAAGAACGGAGAGAGAUGGAACCCGCCAUGGCACUGUCACAGCCCUCCGCAGCCAAACCCGCCAAAGGCGACGUCUCGACCCAGCUCGACACGCUAGCCCUCGCCUCGUCACCUCCUCCCCCAGAAAGCCGUAAGAGACCCGCCGGGGAUGACGGGGACCAGUCGGGGACAGGGCCUGCUCCGCCGCCCACGGUGAAGAAACCGAAGAUCACGGAGGAGGAGCGGAAGGCGAAGGAGAAGGAGAAGGAGGAUAAGCGGAGGGAGCGGGAGGUGAGGGAGCGGGAGAAGGAGGAAAGGAAGCGGGAGAGGGAGGCGCAGAAAGCGGAGAGGGAUGAGAAGAAGCGGAUCCGGGACGAGGAGAAGCAGAAGAAGGACGAGGAGAAGCGGAAGAAGGAGCGCAGCCAGCCCACACUGAGCAUGUUCUUCCGGACGCCGAAGAAAGAUCCGUCAGCGUCGGCGCCGGCGAGUGGUGCGAGUGCGGGUGUUGCGACGGUCGAGCCGGCAGCGGAAAAGAAACUGCCCUCGUCGGCGUCCGGUGAUUACCUGAGAGCCUUUGGACCUUUCUUUGUCAAGACGAAUAUGAUCGUGGCCCCACAGAGCCCCUUUCUAAGGGAUGAGCAGGCGAAGGUGGCGAUCAGUAGGGCUAUCGAUGAGGCGUUGGGGUUGCCGAGGGACGGAGCGGCGGAUGAGAUGGAGGUGGAUGAUGGGGAGGAAGUCCCCCCGGUGCGCAGGGUCACGGCGGAGGAGAUCGCUGAGCUGCUACACAUCCACCCGCUCAAGGCGCGGGCACGACGAGGGAAACCGAUGGCCUUCACCACUCGAGACAUCCUGGCACGAAUCGAGAACCCUGACGACCCCUGCCUACCUCCAUUGACGACGACGACGGGCCGAGCCACGAACGAAACCUACGACUCCGCCUUCUACCUCAAGCUACUGAACGAGCUACCACACAAAUUCCUCAGAUUCGCCGAGGACGUACGGCCGCCGUACAACGGUACUUACACCAAGACCCCCGAAACCAGUGGCCUCCGCUCCGGCAGGAAACCGUUCGAUAGAGCUCUUCCGGGCGUAAACUACGAUUACGAUUCCGAAGCGGAGUGGGUGGCGGAUGACGAGGACGGAGAGGAUCUCCUUAGUGAGGACGAGGAGGACAAAGACUCUGAUGGCGGUGAUUCAUUGGACGGCUUCCUGGACGACGAGGAAGACACGGGGCUGAAGCGGGCUCGGAUGGCGGUGCUCAUCGCGACGAAUUCGGGAAUGUGCUGGGAGGAUGCGGCGGGCAGGGCAGCUCGUCCGGAUCUGGAGGAGAUGAGAAUUCGGUUUUUGAUGGACGGCAUAUCUGCUCCCAUCGACCCGUUUUCCACAAAGUAUUGGGAGCCCCAAGCCUCGGCAGAGAGCAAACGCACCUCGGCCUCAACCGCCAUGGAGCCUCCACGCAAACCCCUCACAGCCCUGAACCGCACCCUCCCAGCUGUGGCUGCGGCAGCGGCGGCAGCAGCGGCGGCAGCAGCAGCGACCACAGCUUCCGGUGCUCCAAAGAAACUGGUACCCCCAGAGCACAUGGAAGAGUUCAAGCGCGCCAUCGACGGCAGCGACAUGACAAAAGCCGGCCUGAUCGAGGUAUUGAAAAAGGCCUUCCCAAAGAUCGGCAAAGACAACAUCAAGAACACGCUCGACCUGGUUGCGGAGCGGGUAGGAGAGAAGAGGGACGAUAAAAGGUGGGUGCUCAAGUAACCCGAGUACACACUUAGGUAGACAACAUGGUGUUUAUGUGUGCGUGGUUUGUUGCAUGGAGCGUGUGCUGCGGAUUUCUAUCUAUCGGAGAUGGGUAGACGCCUUCUUGUCUUUUUUUUUGUGUUUUCGUGAGAUUUAACUUGACGGAACGGAACCUUUUCUUCUCCUUGCUUGGUUCUUAUGUAUGAGGGCGUUUUGAAAUUGUUCUAUACUACGAUAGAUUAGGUAGAUAUGUUGCGGCGCGGCGGUUUUUAUCACGCUGCUCCACUGCUCCACUGCUACCUACCUAGGUGCCUACCUGUUUGCACGCGGCGUUGGAUAUCUCCUGGCAGUUGGUUACAUGUCAUACGCGCCAAAAGAAUCGAAUCGAAUCAUCAGGG